ACCACUGGUCAUCUUCAACAGGGUCAUUUCCAGUGCCAGCCCAGCUCUCCUUAGACAUCAACACGUGUUGCAUAACAAUUUAGUUUCUCUGAAAAAUUUGUGAGAAGUGUUGAGGUAAACAUGACUUUUGGCUGAAAGUGAGUCCAGGAGAACAGGGGGUGGUGACAUGUACUAGAAAGAAACGAGUUCAUCAAGUCUCUGUUUAUGUAUAACACAGUGGUUUGUCUAAAACAAUACUCAGUCCCCAUCACAGAGGAGUAGAACUCCAUCAGAGAAGGCUCUAAUCAAGAAUUCAAUCAUCCCAGAAGCCAACAGCCAUGGCCCGACCUCGUGCUUCCUCUCAGCCUGGGAGACUGUCCAUUUUCAACACCCCCAAAGUGGCCUCCACUCUGAGGGCACGGGCCGUGACCUCCCGCUCAGGCUCCAUGGAAGACGAGCUGUCCUGUCCAGUCUGCUGUGAGAUCUUUAAGGACCCUGUGGUCCUCAAGUGCAGCCAUAGCUUCUGCAAGUCUUGUCUUCAGGUGUUUUGGAACAAGAAAAAAGCCAGACGUGAGUGUCCCGUGUGCAGGAGUAAGUGCUCUCUGACUGAGCCCACGGUGAGCUUGGCUCUGAAGAAUGUGGCAGACACUUUUCUAAAGGAGCAGGAGCGAGUUGCAGCCAUGGCCCGGAUAGGAGCGAAGAAAGAGAGUGCACCUGACGAGAAGUGCGCUGCUCAUGGAGAGAUCCUCAAGCUCUUCUGCUUCAAUGACAACGAGGUUUUGUGCUGCGUUUGUCACACGUCCAAGAAGCACCUCGGACACAGAGUCUGUCCCCUGGAAGAGGGAGCUCAGGAUCUGAGGUCAGAGCUGAAGACUGAGCUGAUUCCUCUGAAGAAGAACCUGCGUCGCCUGUAUGAAGCCAAGCAGGAGUGUGAUGACACAACUGUGCACAUAAAGAACCAGACACAGGAGACAGAGGAUCAGAUCCGACAGGAGUUUGAGGAGCUAAGGGCGUUUCUACAGAAAGAGGAGGAGAGCCGACUGUCCACACUACAGCAGGAGGAUGAGGAGAAAAAGGAGCAGGUGAAGAGGAAGGCCGAGGGCAUCACCAGGGACAUCCUCAUUUAUUCUCACGCCAUAAUCGCUAUCGAGAACGAGAUGGCUUCAAGUGAUGCCCACUUUCUACAGAAUUUCAGCAGCACAAGAAAGAGAGCACAGCUUACUUUCAGAGAACCAGAGAAACUCCCAGGUGUCCUCAUUAAUGUAGCCAAGCACGUCAGCUCACUCAAGUAUCACGUGUGGGAGAAGAUGGUGGAUCUGGUUGAGUACACCCCCAUCACCUUGGACCCCAACACCUCUUACUCUUGGCUGUCCCUGUCUAAAGACCUAACCAGUGUCUCCAACAGUGGCUCUAUGAAAAAGCUCCCUGAUAACCCAGAGAGAUUUGGUCACUUCGUGUUUGUGCUAGGUUCGGAGGGCUUCACUUCGGGACGCCACGCCUGGGAGGUGGAGGUGGGUGACAAAGUGGACUGGAUGCUUGGUGUGGUCAAAGAGUCCAUAGACAGAAAAGGUCGUAUUUCCGGUUGUCCCGAAGGAGGUUUUUGGAUGAUCUCUUACUGUGAAGGGGAGUACUCCGCCAUGACAAGACCCAGCACCACUCUAAACCUGGACUCUCCUCUGUCCCGGGUCAGAGUUCAGAUGGAUUACGACGCAGGAGAGGUCACAUUCUCAAACCCCAUCACCAUGACAACAAUCUACACAUUUCACGACUUUUUCACUCAGAAGAUGUUUCCUUUCUUUUGCCCUGGAGCCAACAUCAAUGGCAAUAACCCCAAACCCCUGAAAAUCUGCCCUGUUAAAGUGGCCGUGUGGAACAGUGCCUCCUGGUGA